AUGGCUGGCUUGGCCUCUCUCAGUGGCGUGGGGGCCGAAGGCAACGUCACCGAGGGGCUCACCUGUGGCACGGCCGGGGGCUGCACAGGGAACGUGACACGGCUGAGGAGGCAGGGACACUUCUCCAGGUGCCCCGAGGAGUACAAGCACUACUGCGUGAAAGGGAGAUGCCGUUUCCUGGUGGCUGAGAAAGCACCAGCCUGCGUGUGUGAGCUGGGCUACACGGGGUCUCGCUGUGAGAGCGUGGACAUCUUCUACCUGCGGGGCGACCAGAGCCAGAUCGUCAUCAUCUCCCUGAUCGCCACCAGGGGCAACCGGGAGGAUCCCACUUGGGGGAUCCCACCUGGAAGAUCCCACAUGGAGGACCCCAGUGGGAGGAUCCCACCAGGAAGAUCUCAGCGGGAGGAUCCCACCGGGAGGAUCCCACUUGGGGGAUCCCACCUGGAAGAUCCCACAUGGAGGACCCCAGUGGGAGGAUCCCACAUGGAGGACCCCAGUGGGAGGAUCCCACCAGGAAGAUCUCAGCGGGAGGAUCCCACCGGGAAGAUCCCACCGGGAGGAUCCCACCUGGAGGAUCCCAUCGGGAGGAUCCCACCUGGAGGAUCCCAUGGGGAGGAUCCCAGCAGGAGGAUCCCACCGGGAGGAUCCCACUUGGGGGAUCCCACCUGGAAGAUCCCACAUGGAGGACCCCAGUGGGAGGAUCCCACCAGGAAGAUCUCAGCGGGAGGAUCCCACCGGGAGGAUCCCAUGGGGAAGAUCCCACCUGGAGGAUCCCAUGGGGAAGAUCCCACCUGGAGGACCCCAGUGGGAGGAUCCCACCUGGAGGAUCCCACCUGGAGGAUCCCACCUGGAGGAUCCCACCUGGAGGAUCCCACCUAG